AUGGCAUCAUGGCCGGUACCUCGAACCGGAUAUUUCGCCAGUGCCGGUGGAGCAGAAGAGUGCGGUAGCUCAGCCGACUUGGGAAACAUUGUCUCCAUCGAGUCGCUGAGGGCAAAUCAAGGGCAGCAGAGGCAUUCCAAGUCGCGCAAACGGACCCGCCUUCAACCACCGAUCGGCAGCGAACGAUGCGGGGGGGGCCAGCUAUUGGCGCCACGCUCGGAUGGCUGUCCUCCGGCUGCGGCAGACGAGCAGCAUGAGGCCGCUAAAGGCCCGCUGCAACGCUCGAGCACCCGAACCGCCGACGGGCUCAGCCUCGACGACCAGGGGGGCUUGGACGAAUCCAACAUCAUUGUCUGUGCGUGGCUCGAGAAAGAAGGUAUUCCGGGCGGAGCAGAAGAGGGACAGAUGCGGGAGGAGACGAGGUGGUUUCGGCGGGCGGUCAUGUCAUCAAGGGGGGAGGUUCGCGGGAGAGCAGAGGACCCCUGUACGACUACAGACAGGAUCGCGUACAUCGAGUCCACUUCUCCACGAUCCUCGCAGAUCCCCCAGACACUCAGGGAAACACUGGAGACGGUGGAGACAGGGAACGGCAUGGGCGUCAAGAGUCGAGGAAAAGAAAAGAAUCCAUUGUAUUUCCAUAUGCUCUGGGCUAUUAAAACCGAUGCUGCGCAGUGA